AUGGACGCGCCUAAUGGAUCACAGAACCCGCGAAAGAGGCGACGGAGAAGGCGCCUUGACCGGCCUCCUGUCUCGGCGCGACUACUGCUCGACGACCGCAUCAAGGGCGAGGUUGGCGUGCUGUCUGAGGAUCUCUUCAACGAUCUGUUUCCUGCCUCUAAAAGCAAGAAUGCAGACUCAGACCGCAUCCGACACGUUGCCAUCACUCCGUGGCUACCGAGCGCCGUCGUCGCUUCAAACAACAUUCCGUGGACAAUCUUUCCGGUGCGACCGGCUGAGAAGACUGAGAAUGGCACUGCGCACCCCCACUCAUCCCUCCACAUCCCGGCCUCAUCGCUUGCGCUGCAGUCCUUCUCCCAAGUCCUCCAGACCGUCGCUCCAAAUAGAGCACAGAGACGAGAUGCGCCAAUCGAGGUGCGCAUAUAUGAUGUUGUACCAGUCGGCCUGGACACACUCUAUGUCAACUUGGAUACCGAAGCACUGAGAAAGCUCGAUGAGGUGCACGCCAAAUUCGGCGGCGGGUUCCUUCCUCAGGUCAACGGCACCUCGCGCGGACCAAAGAGUCGCUCCCUGGAAGCCAACGGCACAAGAGGAAAGCACGUCGAUGUGGUGGCGCAAGAAGAGGUUUGGCGGAAGGCCGUACGCGAAGCCCUACAAAUACCCAGCGUCCUUCAUACUGGCGACUUGCUCCCCUUGAACCUCCCUGCCCACCCAAUCACACACGUUCCGCCUCCGCCGGCCAGGAUCACCGCCUGCGAACCCGUCUCGCAAGGUCUUCUCUUGCCCAGCACGCGCAUCGUUAUACUGCAGUCACACCGCAGCAGCUCCAAACACCCCGUCAUUCUUCCCCCUGUGAAGCAGACCCCAGCCACAAAUGGCUUCGGUGACGAGGACGAGGCCGAUGAUACCUCGAAUGAUACCUUCUAUUCCGCUGCCGAGGACCGCCUCGAUUCGCGCAACGUGUCUCCCCCAGAAGAGUCGACUGACAAUUUCGAGUCGGAACUGUCGGAGAGUGAUGCCGGAGAUUUGUCUGACGAAUCUGACGACAUCAUCUCACUGAAUGCACCCAUGCUGCCACCUCAGUCAUCAGGCGUGCUUUCAUCCUAUACCUCUGCUACCCCACGACCUGGUAACUACCGUACAAAUGGAAUUGCCACCCCAGGGUCGGUCUAUUCGAGCUUCACAGCCACUACUGCUCGCGGACCUACCAAUAGGAGCAAGGUAUUCAAAGCCCAGGGGCUGCUUCAAAAAGUACCAGAUGACCUGGUCCACCCAAAGCCAGGGGCUGAGGAUGAUGAAGAGGCCCGCGUAUUUGUUGACAUUAACACCUUGGUCAAGGUUGGUUGCUUCUCUGGCGACUGGGUCAAGAUUGAGGGUACUGAAGCGCCUUCCUCGCAUCCUCUUUUUGGCCUAGGCGCCUUUGGCGGAGUAGAUGACGAGGACAGCUCUAACUGGAGACCUGUUCGAGUCUUCGGUCUACCAGAAAACAUGUCCAAGAAGGUCGCACGCUACCCGGUACAAAAGAACUCGGAGCUUGAUCGAAGAAGCAGUUUCUCGGGCUUUUCGCAACCAGUUUCAUCACUACAUGCAUAUCUCUCACCAAUCCUUCUUGCCAAUCUAGGAAGUCCGUCCCACCUCCGCAUCACCCCGCUUGCCCCUAAUCAAUCAUCACAUCUUCCAAGAAGUGCAAUCCAGAAACCUCGUGUAACCGGCUCGUCUCUACCCCCCUCUGCCAAAGAAGUAACCCUUUUGAAAGUGUCAACUCCACUAUCUUCUGAGCGUUUGCUUCAGCCCAGUCUUUUCGCAGCCUUGAAAGAUCACUUUGAGCAGAAGCGAAGAGUCGUAAAGAGCGGUGAUCUGAUCGGCGUUUCCAUUGAUGAGUCUCUUGGUCGAGCGGUUUUUCAAACCAGUACGGAUGACGAUGCUGGAAAUGAAGAGUUGCUUACCAGAGCCAAAUCAAAUGCCAGCGAGGAUAGUCCCAGUGUCAGCAGUCGGAACCCAAAGGUCGUUUCAUGGUUCAAGAUUGGCAACGUUUCUGCUUCUUCGCAUCCCGCUCACGAUGGUGAAGAACCGGACAUCUGGGGCGGUGCUGUGACUGUGGACGCUGCAAGCACGAAAAUGGAGAUGAAUGGCAGCGAGCAAGGCAAGACUCCGGCUCCUGUCAACAACGCAUGGCAAUAUUACCUAGGCGCCAAACGGGCUCCAGUCUCAAGCUCUCAAAAGACAAUGACCUUGGACGAGUUGCCCAAGCCCUACAUUUCGCCACUUCGCAGACGGUUACGAGAACUCAUGUCUGUGGCGACGAGUCCCCGAGCCAUCCACCUGGGUCUGCCCCCCAUUGCAGUCUUGAUCACUUCAACCCAACGCGGAAUCGGCAAGGCUACUAUUGCUACCAAAGCUUGCGAAGAUCUUGGCCUACACACCUUCUCUAUUGAUGCGUUCGAUAUUGUCACAGAAGGGGGUGCUGGAGGCGGAGAUGUCAAGACUGAAGGAUUUCUCAAGGCAAGAGCCGAGCGAGCUUUGACAUGCGGCGCGGAAUUCACAGCAUUACUUGUGAAGCAUAUCGAUGCGCUUAAUGCGGAUCGUAUGAAUGCUGCGCUGAAGGAGAUCUUGGCCGACUGCCGCGUGCUAAUUGCGACAACCACAGAAAUUGACAAGGUGCCUGAAGGCAUCCGAGGACUCUUUACACAUGAAAUUGACAUGACAGCCCCGGAUGAAGGAGAGCGAGAAGGCAUACUGAGGAGUAUCAUAGACGACUCGGGUAUCAGACUGUCUCCCGAUGCCGACUUGGGCAAUGUCGCAGUCAAGACUGCAGCACUGGUUGCAGGCGAUCUUGUUGACGUAGUCGACAGGGCUUUGGUUGCAAAACAACAGCGUCUCGAAGCGCUUGCAGCAUCUGCGACAAAAUCAUUAAAGUCAGAAGAAGCGGUGACGAUUCGGGACAUCGAGCUUGCCGGCGGUCAUAUGAGCAAUAGUCUUACUAAAGCAGACUUGGACGGUGCCGUGGAUGCAGCACGUAAGAACUUUGCCGAUGCAAUUGGAGCCCCCAAGAUUCCCAACGUCGGCUGGAAGGAUGUCGGUGGUCUUACACACGUCAAGGAUGCAGUCAUGGAAACCAUUCAGCUCCCGUUGUCUCGUCCAGAGCUGUUUGCCAAGGGCAUGAAGAAGCGCAGCGGUAUUUUGUUCUAUGGACCACCAGGAACGGGAAAGACACUGCUUGCAAAGGCCAUUGCUACGGAGUUUUCGCUCAAUUUCUUCAGUGUCAAAGGUCCAGAGUUGCUCAACAUGUAUAUUGGUGAGUCUGAAGCCAAUGUGCGGCGUGUGUUUCAACGAGCUCGCGAUGCACGACCUUGUGUUGUGUUCUUUGACGAACUUGACUCGGUCGCCCCCAAGCGUGGCAACCAAGGUGAUAGCGGUGGUGUCAUGGACCGCAUAGUCAGCCAGCUCUUGGCUGAACUAGACGGCAUGAGUGACGGGGGCGAAGGUGUCUUUGUUAUUGGUGCAACGAACCGACCGGAUCUGCUUGACCAAGCGCUGCUGCGUCCCGGUCGGUUCGAUAAGAUGCUGUACCUGGGUGUCUCAGACACCCAUGAGAAGCAGCAGACCAUCUUGGAGGCCUUGACAAGAAAGUUCACACUGCAUCCCUCACUCUCUCUACAGCGAGUAUCUGAAGGUCUUCCCUUCACCUACACAGGUGCUGACAUGUAUGCUUUGUGCUCGGACGCCAUGCUCAAGGCCAUAACCCGCAGUGCCCGAAUGGUCGACGACAAGGUCAAAGCGUACAACAGCACUCACUCCUCUCACGUCACCAUUGCUUACUUUUUCGAUCACAUUGCUACCGAAGAAGACACCGCAGUUAUGGUCACAGAGGAGGACUUCAUGGAGGCCCACAAGGAGCUCGUGCCUAGUGUUAGUGCUGACGAACUCCGUCACUACGAUCGGGUGAGGAGGCAAUUUGAGGGUGCUGGCAAGAAAGAAGAAGACCAGAAAGCAAACGGCUCGGCAUCCCAGCAAUCAUCAAGCGGAAAAGGAAAGGGAAAGGCCAUUGCAGUCGAUGAUGCCGACAGCAUGGUUAUCAUGACCGAACACGUCGAACUUAAUGGCAAUGGCGAAGCCACCAGUGGUGGCAGCAGCGGAAAAGGAAAAGGAAAAGCAUCGGCUUCAAGCCACGGAGGCAAAAACAGCGUAGACAUUGCCGAAGGUGGCUUCGGAGACUCCACCGAAGACGGCGAUCUGUACUCUUGA